UGCGACGAUAUUCUCUUGAAGAUUCUGUUGAAGACGGAUUGGUUUAUGCACGUCAGCCACGUUGUUUAACCCCUGAGCGUGGGCAAUGUGACUGAUUUAGAAAGGUUGGAGUUUGGAUUUUACUAAUCACUAGUAAGAUACUGGCAAGUCCACUUCAUGCUGUCAACAGAUUAGUGUUUGGAGCCCACAUGAAAUACAGCGUGUUAUGAGCCUGUGGCGUGCACAGCGGGCGCUCCGAAUGAACGGAGGCUGUUGCUGCUGCUGGCCUUUCCAGGUACGAAAUGUGGAUCGGGAUUGCCGAACUAUCCAGUCCAUCCAUACGCCCAACCCACAUAUCCUCAGUCCAUCUCUUCGGAACUCCGUCCUGCGCGCGUGAUUGCAGCUGCCAUCGGAUGGGUCCCUCGCUGAGUCAGCCGACCUGACAAGGUUUUCGACAGAUAAUGACAUGGGGCACAGCAAGCAGCAGCCUGGCUCCAACAGGCUAGACAGUCGUUGGCAUCUCGGCUCCGAGGCGCUAUCUGGACAUAACUACUCGAGCUGCGGUGAAUCGACUUCAGAGGCACCAAACCCCUCGUGGUGUCACACUUGGUGACGCUUCACAAGGCCACCACCGGAGCUAGCAAGUAGCUCUUGUUCGCACGGGCCACCGGCACCUCACACCCAUCUCGUGUCAUCUGAUUAGAAGCAACUGCCGACCAGAGCUUCUUCAGGCCCAGUGGUAAGAGUCACUUCGUCUGGAUUCUUAUAAAGAAAAGGGGGGAAAGAGAGAGCCUGUCCGUUGUUCAGCUGAAGCAUGGACGCCUAAGAAUACCUCAGUAGUCUUCUAGACUCACCAUGAAGUUCGCACUCCAUUUCUGGGGUCUUUUCUGCUGUCUGUAUGCACUCAGCAAGAAUAUCUAUGCGAGGCCCGAUGCAGUGAGCGUUGGAGCUCUUUUCACAUUCAAUUCCACGAUAGGGAGAGCUGCCAAGAUUGCCAUUUCUGCUGCUGUCAAUGAGAUCAACAACGAUUCAAGCAUCCUUCCAGGCACAAACCUGGUUGUCGAGAUGCAAGAUUCCAAUUGCAGUGGCUUCGUUGGCAUUGUGCAAGCAUUGCAAUUCAUGGAGAAAGACACAGUUGCAAUCAUCGGCCCACAGUCUUCUGUCAUCGCGCAUGUUGUUUCUCAUGUUGCAAAUGAACUUCAAGUGCCUAUGCUGUCCUUUGGUGCAACUGAUCCAACUCUCACGUCACUUCAGUUUCCUUUCUUGGUGAGGACAACCCGUAGUGAUCAUUUUCAAAUGGCUGCUGUUGCUGACUUAGUCGACUACUAUGAGUGGAAGCAAGUGACAGCUAUAUAUAUAGAUGAUGAUUAUGGAAGAAACGGCAUAGCCUCUUUAGGUGAUGAACUUGUCAAGAGGCGGGCUAAGAUCUCGUUUAAAGCUGCAGUUAGGCCAGGAGCAAAAAAGAGUGAAAUGGCUAGUGUGCUGGUCAGGGUUGCAUUGAGGGAAUCUCGAGUCGUUAUUCUGCAUGCAAAUCCUGACUCUGGCCUUACACUUCUCUCAUUGGCACGCAAUCUCGGCAUGACCUCAAGCGGGUAUGUGUGGAUUGCAACAGAUUGGCUCAGCUCAUUCCUGGAUUCAUCGCCACGUCUCGACAUCGGAUUACUGGGCACAAUGCAGGGUUUUCUCACAUUACGCCAGCACACGGAAAAUACAAGAAGGAAGAGUAUGCUAGCUUCAAAAUGGAGUGCACUGGUGAAGAAGGAUAGUGUUGACGACAAGUUCUUGAUUAAUUCGUAUGGCUUUUAUGCGUAUGAUACUGUCUGGAUCCUUGCUUAUGCGUUGGAUGCAUAUUUCAGUAGAGGUGGAAACAUUUCUUUCUCAAAUGACACCAAGCUACAUGAAGUUGGGGCAGGGGGUCUGCAAUUGAAAGCUAUGACUGUCUUUGAUGGGGGGAGGCUGUUACUAGAAAGAAUCCAGCAAGUGAAUUUCACGGGUGCAACUGGCCCUGUAAAAUUUGAUACAGAUGGUAAUCUUAUCCGUCCUGCGUACGACAUCGUUAACAUAGUAGGAUCUGGUCUGCGGACAGUUGGUUACUGGUCCAACUAUUCUGGCCUGUCCACCUUGUUGCCUGAGACUCUUUACAUGAAACCAGCAAAACGUGUUAGGGGAGAUCAGAAACUCCACACUGUGAUAUGGCCAGGUGAGACUACGGUAAGGCCACGUGGAUGGGUGUUUCCCAACAAUGGAAUUGAGCUGAAAAUUGGAGUUCCCAAUAGGGCAAGUUACCGUCAAUUUGUGUCAGUUGACGAUAACACCGGAACGGUGCGUGGUUUCUGUAUUGAUGUGUUUGUUGCCGCAGCCAACUUGUUACAAUAUCCAGUUCCAUUUAAGUUUGUUCCAUUUGGGGAUGGUAGUCAGAAUCCAAGCUAUCCAGACCUUAUCAACAAUAUUCUAACGAAUGACUUCGACGCUGUGGUAGGUGAUAUAGCCAUUGUCACAAAUCGGACAAGGGUUGUUGACUUCACUCAGCCAUAUGUUGAGUCAGGGCUUGUGGUACUUACCUCUGUUAAGAAGCAAAGCUCGAGUGGAUGGGCCUUUUUGCAGCCAUUCACCAUCAAAAUGUGGUGCGUCACAGGGCUGUUCUUUCUUGUCAUAGGAACGGUGGUUUGGCUGCUUGAGCACAGAAUCAAUGAUGAUUUCCGCGGGCCUCCAGUGAAACAGGUUAUCACUGUAUUCUGGUUCAGUUUCUCAACUCUGUUCUUCGCGCACAGGGAGGACACGAGAAGCACCCUCGGCCGCUUCGUGAUCAUCAUAUGGCUCUUCGUGGUUCUGAUCAUCCAGUCCAGCUACACUGCCAGCCUGACCUCCAUACUCACCGUGCAGCAGCUCAUAUCUCCAAUCACAGGGAUCGAUAGCUUGGUCGCCAGUGACGACCCCAUCGGGUUUCAAGUCGGCUCCUUUGCGGAAAGUUACCUCGUGAAUGAGCUCGGUGUCUCGAGACACAGGCUUAAAUCCCUCGGUACUCCGGACGAGUAUAAGCAAGCGCUUGAGCUUGGCCCUGCCAAUGGAGGCGUCACUGCCAUUGUCGACGAGCGUCCCUAUGUUGAGAUCUUUUUGCUUCUGCAUCCCAAAUUCGCAGUCGUGGGCUCGGAGUUCACCAAAAGCGGCUGGGGCUUCGCGUUCCCGAGGGACUCGCCGCUGGCGGUGGACCUGUCGACGUCCAUCCUGCAGCUGUCGGAGAACGGCGACCUCCAGCGGAUCCACGACAAGUGGCUGGCGAACGACGUGGCGGGGUCCAUGUCGCAGAACAACGAGCUGGAGUCGGACCGGCUGCAGGUGUACAGCUUCUCGGGGCUGUUCCUCAUCUGCGGGGUGGCGUGCCUCAUCGCCCUCGCCAUACACGCCGGCAUCCUCUUCCACAAGUACUGCGAGCAACGGCGGCAGGUGUCGGCCGACGGCAGCUCCCGCUCCAGCCGCAGCAGUUUCCGCGCGUUCCUGUCGUUCGCCGACCGACGGGAGAUGGACGCCCAUAUAGCGUCCAAGGACAAGGCGGCCGGAGACCACUCCAUUAGCGCGGCGUCGAGUAGCAGCGUCAGCACCACCACGUCGUGCUAAAGGGGCGGACGGACGGCUGCCGGUUAGCUUUCAACGUAGCAAGUGCGACAUAUAGCAGUAACCCCCAACGUAAGUAUACUUAAUUAGCGCUGUGCUGCAGAGUGUUCUCUCCUCGUGCUGCAGAAUUGUAGAGAUGCGUAAGCUGUUGUGCACAUGGAGCAACUUCAGUACACGUUCCCGAGAAACUUGCUCUUGUAACUUCUGCUGCGUCCUGGCGCUUCCUA